CCGCUCCCGUACUUUCCCUCAUACAAAUACGCUCUCUCCUCCCUUUCGCCGCGACUCUACUCUACUACUACUGCUUUCACCAUAGACCCCUACUACUUAUCUACAACUUAGUACCCCGCUAUGGGCAAAGACUACUACAAAAUCCUUGAAGUCCCAAGGGAAGCCUCAGACGUAGAAAUAAAGAAAGCCUACCGCAAGGCUGCUCUCAAAUGGCACCCGGAUCGAAACAGCGGUUCCGAAGAGUCGUCUCAGAGGUUCAAAGAGAUCUCAGAAGCCUUUGAGGUCCUCAGCGACAAAAACAAAAAGGAGAUAUACGACAAGUUCGGCGAGGAGGGUCUUAAAGGUGCUGGACCUAUGCCUGACGGUGCAGCAGGAGGACCUUUCGGCGCUGGAGGGUUCCCUUCGGGUGGUUCGUUUGGUGGGUUCCCUCGCGGGACGACCUUCACGUUUACUAGUGGUGGACCUGGUGGACCUGGGGCUCGGUCGACUAAGUUCGCACCCUCAGAUCCAAAUCGGAUAUUCGAACAAUUCUUUAAGUCAAUGGGUGGUGGAGGUGGCUUAGGAAGUAUGUUCGGUCAGGAUGACGAUGACGAUGAUGGACAUACGUUCUUCAUGGGCAGUGGUGGUAUGCCUGGUGGCAUGCCAGGUGGAAUGGGUAGCAUGGGUAGCAUGGGUAGCAUGGGAGGCAUGGGCGGCAUGGGUGGUAUGCCAGGUAUGGGCGGUAUGCCCCGUCGCCCCCAACCCCAAAACCGAGCCUCCCAACCAACAUCCCCCGCACCCGAACCAUCAGAAAUCAUCCGUCCUCUCAAAGUCGCCCUAGAAGACCUCUACACAGGCGUCACAAGACGCCUCAAAGUCGGUCGAAGACUCUACUCCGGCCGAACAGAAGAGAAAGUCUUGGAAAUUGCUGUGUUACCGGGUUGGAAGAGUGGGACGAAGAUUAGGUUCCCGCGUGCGGGGAACGAGACGAGUCCGAGUGGAGAUGCGCAGGAUUUGGUGUUCAUUGUUGAGGAGAAACCACAUCGCAGAUUUUCACGAGAUGGGUCAGAUUUGAUUGUGAAGGAGAAGAUUCCGCUCGUGGAUGCGUUGACAAAUGUCAGCGGCGGUAUACGAAUGAUUGAACACCUUGACGGACGGAAGUUGAGUGUACCGUUACCGACAGGUGUAAUCAAGCCCAGUUCGGAGAGUCGAGUGGCUGGGGAAGGGAUGCCGAUUCGGAAAGAAGGGACGGUGACGAGGAAGGGAGAUUUGAUCGUACGUUGGGAAGUGGAGUUUCCUAACCGGUUGACGCCUGCGCAGAGGGAAGGUAUUAGGAACAUUCUUGGUUGAGAUAUGUUUGUUUGCGUAGGCAAGGCGAUGUCACGAAUUUCAAAAAACUGUAAUUGUAAUUGUUAUUGUACUACUUCUUUGCGUUAUUUCCGUAAUGCUCUCGAUCAAUCUUCUUUAAAGUGCAGUAUGAUAUGUUUUCGCCUUUUCUCCUUUCGUAUUUCGCCGUUCUCUGCGCAAAUUCUGUAUAGUAGAUACCCUCAAUAGCAACAAAACAGUUUUUAACAUCC